CUCUUCAUUUCCAAUGCAUCGUUCAAUGACUAUUCUUCCUACACAAAUGCCAUUUCUUUUGCUUCUACUUUUAGCUAUCUUCACAUUCCACAAAACUAUGUCUACCAAUGAUCACAGAAUGGUUUCAUGCAAUGAGAGAGACAGAGAGAUACUUUUAACUUUUAAACUGGGAAUUGUUGAUCCAAAUGGUCGAAUUCCAACAUGGACAACCGAAAACAAUUGUUGUGCUUGGGAAGGAAUCCUUUGUGACAACAUUACUGGAAGAGUUACACGAGUUGAACUAUCACCGUCUUAUGUUGAAGAAGAGCAAUCCAAAUAUUUGAAAGAGUUACAAUUACAACAUUGUAACCUAAGUAGCCUCAUGCUCAACCCAACUAUUGAAUAUUUGAAUUUGUCUUCACUUAUAACUCUUGAUCUUUCUUACAACAACAUCACCUCUCAUUUACCUAAUUCAUUUUUUAAUCUCACCAAAGACAUCACCUAUCUUGAGCUUAGUUACAACCAUAUACAAGGUGAGAUGCCUUCCAGUUUGCUAAACCUUCGAAAUUUAAGACACCUUAGUCUUGCGUAUAACCAACUUAGAGGAUCAAUUUCAGAUGAAAUAGGCCAACUAGCGCAUAUUCAAGCACUUGAUCUUUCCAUGAACAUGUUAAGUGGUUUCAUUCCUCCAACUCUAGGAAAUCUCUCAUCCUUGUGUUAUUUAGAUCUAUCCUCAAAUAAUUUCUCUGGUGAAAUAUCAAAAACAACUUUUUCCAAACUCAAUAAUUUACAUUCACUAGACUUGAGUGGUUCAAAUGUUGUAUUUCAAUUUGCUUCUGAUUGGGUUUCUACUUUUCAACUUCGUGUACUUAAUUUGAGUCAUUCAAAUCAGGGACCAAAAUUUCCAUCUUGGAUAUAUACACAAAAAUCACUCGAAAUUCUAGACUUAUCGAGCUCGGGAGUUUCCAUUGUAGAUAGAAGUAAGUUUUCAAGCAUUAUACAAGGAAUAUCAUAUCUUACUUUGUCAAAUAAUUUGAUAUCCAUAGACAUAUCAAACCUAACACUAAAGGCUGUUCAAUUAAAGUUGGAUCGCAAUAAUUUCACAGGAGAACUCCCCAACAUAUCACCAAUGUCUGAGUUAAUUGAUUUGUCUUGCAACUCCUUUUCAGGACCAAUUCCACAUACUUGGAAUAGCUUGAAAAAAUUAGGUUUCAUUAAUUUGUGGAGUAAUAGGCUAUCUGGUGAAGUUUCAAUAGACCUCUCUAGUCCUAGUUUAAAGUACAUUAUCUUAGGAAAAAAUGAAUUUUUUGGAAUCAUUCCAGUCAUCCUGGCACAAAACUUACAAGUGGUCAUAUUGAGAGCUAACAAAUUUGAAGGGAACAUUCCAUCACAGUUAUUCAAUCUUUCUUAUUUGUAUCAUCUGGAUCUUGCACAUAAUAAACUUUCGGGUUCUAUGCCAAAAUGUGUAUACAACUUGACUCAUAUGGUUACUAAUAAUGUGAAAAUAUGGUGGUCAGAUAUUAUAAUUGAUUUGUUUACAAAAGGUCAAGAUUAUGUGUAUGAAGUUAGACCAGAUAGGCGAACUAUCGACCUUUCAUCCAAUAGUUUGUCUAGAGAAGUACCAUCACAAUUAUUUCAGCUUGUUCAAGUUCAAACAUUAAACUUAUCUCACAAUAAUUUUAUUGGAGCUAUAUCGAAGAUGAUUGGAGGCAUGGAAAAUAUGGAAUCUCUGGAUUUCUCAAAUAAUAAACUUUGCGGUGAAAUUCCUCAAAGCAUGGCAUUCUUACACUUUUUGGAUUAUUUGAAUCUAUCAUACAAUAAUUUUAAUGGAAAAAUCCCAAUAGGAACUCAACUUCAAAGUUUUAGUGCCUCAAGCUACAUUGAAAACUCUAAACUGUGCGGGGCUCCUCUAAACAAUUGUACCACAGAAGAAGAAAGUCCUAAUAUUGCAACAUCAUCUACAGAAAAUGAGGAUGACGACUCUAUAAAAGACUCAUUAUAUCUUAGUAUGGGAGUUGGAUUUGCAGUAGGUUUCUGGGGAAUUUGUGGUUGUUACCUAUAA